AAUUUGGCCCAUAAAAGGCUACCUUCCUGUCGGCUUAUUAGUUUCCCGCCAUUCCUAGACUCUCUCACUCUCGGAAAUUAGGGUUUAUCCAAUUCCAUGAGCUAUUGAUCUGAUCCAAUCCUAUCAUCUGCUAGGAUUUUAAUUGGUUUUUAAAUUUUCCUAAAUUCCCCUUGCCUAAAAUCACGGUUAUAAUUGCAACUGACUGUUCAAUUUGUUGUUUCUUGUUUUUCCAAUGGAGGAACCUCGCGUCAAACGCCCCAAAAUUUCAAGGGGUAAAGAUGACUAUCUGCCUGGAAAUAUCACUGAGAUUGAGCUCUAUAAUUUCAUGACCUUCAAUCACUUGGUUUGCAAACCUGGACCACGAUUAAACCUUGUCAUAGGGCCAAACGGUUCCGGUAAGAGUUCUCUUGUAUGUGCCAUCGCACUUUGUCUCGGCGGUGAACCUCAGCUGCUCGGGAGGGCCACAAAUAUUGGAGCAUAUGUUAAGCGUGGGGAAGAGUCGGGGUAUAUUAAGAUUACCUUGAGGGGGUACACGAAGGAGGAGCAGAUCCCCAUUGUCCGUAAAAUAGAUACACGGAACAAGUCGGAGUGGUUGUACAAUGGCAAAUCUGUUCCCAAAAGAGAGAUAUUAGAAGUUAUUCGAAAAUUCAACAUACAAGUCAACAAUUUGACCCAAUUCUUACCACAAGACAGGGUCUGUGAGUUUGCCAAAUUAACUCCCAUCCAGCUCCUGGAAGAGACUGAAAAAGCUGUUGGUGAUCCUCAACUUCCAGUACAACAUUGUGCUCUUGUUGAAAAAAGCCGUGAACUAAAAAGAUAUCAAAAAGCUGCAGAAACUAUGGGAGAAAGUUUGAAACAGCUGAUAACCCUUAAUGCUGAGCAAGAAAAAGAUGUUGAGCGUGUUCGCCAAAGAGACGAACUUCUAGAAAAGGUUGAUUCUAUGAAAAAGAAAUUGCCUUGGCUGAAGUAUGAUAUGAAGAAGACUGAAUACUUGGAAGCCCAAAAGAGGGAAAAAGAUGCCAAGAAGAAGUUGGAUGAAGCUGCAAAGAAGCUGAAUGUACUCAAGGCACCCAUUGAAAAACAAAAGCAGGAGAAAGUGAAGCUGGAUGAUAAAUGUAAACACAUUAGCAAUCUCAUGAAUGAAAAUAUUAAGAAACGGAUCAAUCUUCUACAAAAAGAGAAUGAGGCGGCAGUCCAAGCGCGAGGUAAAUAUAAGGAAGUGGAAGAUUUGAGGAGAGAAGAAGACUCUCGCAAACAAAGUAUUUUAGAGGCUAAAAAGAAACUUGCUGCUGCUGAAGAGGAUCUUCAGAACCUGCCUACAUAUGAGCCUCCUAAGGAGGAAAUUGAGAGAUUAAAAAGUCAAAUUGUGGAGUUAACUUCUUCUGCUCAUCAAAAGAUGCAGCAGAAGAAGGAGAAGGAAAAUUCUCUAGGCCAAAUGAAAACAGCCCUGAGGAACUGUGUUGAUAGUUUGAAAGAUAUGGAGAAUACAAACAACAAACUUCUACAUGCUUUACAGAAAUCUGGUGCAGAAAAGAUAGUUGAUGCUUAUCGGUGGUUGGAACAGCAUCGUGAUGAAUUGAACAAGGACGUUUAUGGCCCUGUUUUGCUUGAGGUGAAUGUGUCAAAUAAGGUCCAUGCUAACUUCUUGGAAGGUCAUGUUUCUCACUACAUUUGGAGGUCUUUCAUUACUCAAGAUUCUGGUGAUAGGGAUUUUCUGGUAAAAAACCUACAGCCAUUUGAUGUUCCCAUUCUAAAUUAUGUAAGAGAUGAAUCUGGUAGGAAAGCACCCUUUGAAAUUUCUAACCAGAUGCGUGAACUUGGCAUCUACUCCCGGCUCGACCAAGUUUUUGAUGCCCCCACUGCUGUAAAGGAGGUUUUGACAUCACAGUUUGGUCUGGAGCAUUCACAUAUUGGGUCAGACAAAACUGAUAAGAAGGCUGAUGAUGUUGCAAAAAAAUUGGGAAUUUUAGAUUUUUGGACUCCACAAAACCACUAUCAUUGGUCUGUUUCUAGAUAUGGUGACAAUGAAAAAUCAGCACAAGUAGAACCUGUUCGUGAUUCACGUCUUCUACUGUGUGGUUUGGAUAGUGGGGAAAUUGAAAAACUAAGGUCUAGAAAGAAUGAACUUGAAAACUCUGUUGCCGAUAUGGAGGAAGGCAUAAAAUCACUUCAGAUUCAGCAAAGAUUGUUUGAAGAUGAAGCCGCCAAACUUCAGAAACAGCGUGAGGAGAUGGUUGAAACUGGAAGAAGGGAGAUGAAAAAACGGAAAGAAAUGGAAAGCUGUGUUGAACAAAGGAAAAGAAAAUUAGUAUCUUUGGAGAAAGGUGGUGACUUGGAAACAGCUGUGGCUAAGCUCAUUGACCAAGCUACGAGAUCCAAUGUUGAGAGGUUCAAACAUGCAAUUAAAAUUAAGGAUUUGCUUGUUGAAGCUGUUUCCAGCAAAUGGAGUUUUGCUGAAAAACACAUGGUCUCCAUUGAAUAUGAUGCUAAGAUUAGAGACAUGGAAGUCAAUCUCAAGGAGCACGAGAAGUUUGCUCACCAGGCAUCACUGAACUUGCAGUUCUGUGAAAAUGAUGUAAAGGGUUAUUCUCAACAACUCUCAGCUGCCAAGAGGCAUGCUGAAUCAAUUGCCAUCAUUACUCCUGAACUUGAAAAGUUAUUUCUUGAGAUGCCAACUACAAUUGAGGAAUUGGAGGCUGCUAUACAAGACAAUAUUUCUCAAGCCAAUUCUAUUGUUUUCCUGAACCGGAACAUACUGCAGGAAUAUGAAGAUCGUCAGCAUCAGAUAGAAGCCAUUUCUGCCAAACUAGAUGCAGAUAAUAAGGAACUACAAAGGUGCUUAGCUGAGAUAGAUGCCCUGAAGGGAAAUUGGCUUCCAACGUUGAGAAAUCUUGUUAGUCAGAUAAAUGAAACUUUCAGUCGUAACUUCCAAGAGAUGGCAGUUGCAGGAGAAGUUUCAUUGGAUGAGCAUGACAUGGAUUUUGAUCAAUUUGGAGUACUUGUAAAAGUGAAGUUCAGGCAAGCUGGUCAACUUCAAGUUCUCAGUGCUCACCAUCAAUCGGGAGGGGAACGUUCAGUUUCAACUAUUCUUUAUCUUGUUUCUCUUCAAGAUCUCACUAAUUGCCCCUUUAGGGUGGUUGAUGAGAUUAACCAAGGAAUGGACCCCAUAAAUGAAAGAAAGAUGUUUCAGCAAUUAGUAAGAGCUGCCACCCAACCAAACACCCCACAGUGUUUCCUACUUACACCAAAGUUGCUACCAAAUCUGGAAUACAGCGAGGCAUGUAGCAUUCUGAAUAUAAUGAAUGGUCCUUGGAUUGAGACACCCUCUAAAGUUUGGAGCAGUGGAGAAUGCUGGGCCACCAUUGCAGGGUUAGUGAAACAAAAUCGAUGCUGAAAUAUCAUCCCUGCUGAGGAUGCCAAUGUAGAAUAUUAAUCCCAAAAUAGGAUAGAACAGGGGAGAGGAAAGCAGAUUGCAAUCCAUUCUUUAGAAUAUGCAGCAAAAAAAAAAAAAUGAAGCUUUUUGGGAAAACAUUUCUGCUUCAUUUUUACUGUCUGUAAUGUAUAUGUUUUUGCUUCAUGUAAAGUUGGCUUCUGUACGCUCCAAAGUCGUCAUAGUAAUUAGUAAUGAACAAUCCGUGUGUUUGUGUUGGACCAAACACAAAGGUUGCAGCUCUUUA